AUGCUUCACGUCGAAGACAAAAAACUCGUCCUCCCCGAUGGCCGAACCCUGGCGUACGCCGACAAUGGGAACACCUCCAGCUCCACAGUCGUCCUCUACCUGCACGGUGAAUUCAACAUUGGCGACGCCUCUCUGCCCUCUCCGAUAAUCAUCCACAAGCACCUUCAUUUCAUUGCGCCGUCGCUGCCCGGUUGGGGGAACACGUCGCCCCCACUACCAUGUCAUUCCUACCCUUCGACUCUCAUCGCAGACAUCACUGCCUUGAUUGUUCACCUUCACCCCAAGUUCGCGAAACUAAAGAUAUACGUCUACGCGCAUGCCUUUGGAACAGUCCCGGCGCAGAUCCUUUACGGCGCAUCAUUCGACCAGUUUCCGCUUGGGAAGCAAGUCGCUGGUUUCGUCCUUCUUUCCCCUCUCUCUCCACCCCACUGUCACAAAGAUUACGCCAAAUCUAUGACGUGGCUACCGUAUAUACUCAGUGGCCCGCCAGCCCGAUACGUGCCGUACAGCAUCAUUCCUCGUGUGGCAUCCUACGCUAUCGCGCACAAGCUCAAGUCGGAGGAGACAGCCGAGCGCUUCGUCCGCUCUACCCUCAUAGACAACAUGAGCGACGGUGACCGCGAACUCCUCGACCAAUGGCUUGACGCCCGUUCUAUCGACGAGCCCAAACUCGUUCGCAACCUCGCUCACACCAUGACCCGAAGCAUCUCCCAGUCCUGGCAAGGCUUCCUCAGCAUAGCGCGCGUCUACCAUUCUGGCUGGGACGGCUAUUCACCGGAUAAUGUAGAUGAUGCGCAUGCGUCACGUCCCAUCAUCAUCAUUUCUGCUCGGGGAGAUAGGAUAGCCCCGGUGGAAAUGGCGGAAUGGCUCGCCAUCAACUGUAAGAACGCGACCUUGAUAACGGUCGACGGCGGUCACCUGGCACCGUUCUUUCAUCUCGAUGAGGCAUGGAAGGAGUUCUUGGGUUGA